AUGCCGACACCGACCCCUUCGCCAGAUUGGGUGGCGUAUAGCGCGCCAAUUCCAGAGUACGACGGCAUCAGCGAGCUCGAUGACUACAGCCUCGACACGAGCGACGCGGGGUCCGUGCUCAUGGCCGAGCCGUCCUCGUCGAGCGAUGUGGACAGCGAGUGGACACACUCUUUGGUAGUUGGCAAUGGAUCUCGGACGCUAACUACUCAGCUGGCUCUUCUGAACAUGAAACGGCGAGCCUCGGCGCCUGCCAGGAUGCCACUCUCGAGUCCAGAUACCGAAUCGACUACUCCUGAGGAAUCGCCGCCACUCACGCCUAAAGACGCCGACGUCUCAGAGCCCACGAUCGCCCUAGCGCAGCUCGAAUCCGAGGCAGACCUCUUCACACCCCAAGAAAAGUCGUGCGACGCAUGUGACGCCAAGAGUCCCAGGAUGUACCAUUUCCUGCCGUGUGGUUGCUUCUCGUCGACCCUCGCCGCCGUCUCCGUGUCCAAAGGCACGUCCAAGUGCCCGGCGUGCAUGGACCAUGUCUCCUCGUUCAAGCUCUACAGCUCGCAGGUGCACGUAUCGUGCAAGCCGAAACCGCGGCGACUCUACGAGAGCCCGAGCUCGGACGACAAGUCCGUGCCCGGUGAGACGAUCGUCAUGCGCAUUGACAACAUUGCGUGGUAUAUCGAGGUGACGGCUCAAGCUGCCGCCAAGCGGAUUCUUCAGACGCGCCAGAAUGUACCCAUGCCUGGAGGUAAAGCCACGGGCGGCAGGACCAGGGCGGUAACCAUCAGCCAGGUUACUCAUCGUGAACUCCUUCGCGAGCUACGGCCGGGGUCCAAAACUGAGCUGAUCUGGCUCCUCGAACUGUGCGAAGCUGCACUAUCGACAGAUCCGGCGCCGCCGCCAACCCCACUUGGAGGCCGACGCCGACAUCAAGCAGCCGUGUCUACCAGCAAACGGGUCCACUACAUCAAGUAUCGCCAGUCACCGUUCCACGCCCUCAUGUCAAUCAUGUGCAAGCUACGCGGGCCAGAGAGCCCAGCGUACUGGGACGUGUUCCAUGUGGCGUCCGGCGCCAUUGCGCUCCUCGCCACAUCGCUGAAGGGUGAUGGUCCCGAGAGGCACGCCGAUGCUGAGCUGCUCCAACACUUGUCGAACCUGUUUGACACCUGCUUUGGUCGCCGGAUCGCUCCAUCCGACGACGACGUAUUCGCAUAG